CCCGGCGCGCCCCCGGGCCGCGCCGCCGACGGAGGGGACGUCUCGAUCCAACCCGCUCCCUCCACCGCCCUCACCGUCGCCGCCGCCGCCGCGGCGGUCAGGGACCGCGCCGAGGAGGUGCAGGCCGAGGUCCGCGCCAUGGCACGCGCCGCCAACGUCUCCGUCUACUCCCCCGAGCUCCUCUCCUCCCGAUACGGAUCGAGGCCCCUCAAGGUGGUUUUGAGGACGCUGGAGAUCUUUACGACGUUAGGGUUUUUCGCCGGGAAGCUGUUCGUGGACGAGAAGAGGGGGCUGCUCGAGCAGAAUAAGCGGUCGCGCGCGGCGGAGCUGCGGAGGACGUUCACGAAGUUGGGGCCGACGUUCGUGAAGAUCGGGCAGGGCCUGUCAACACGGCCCGAUAUCUGCCCGCCGGAGUAUUUAGAGGAGCUCGCGGAGUUGCAGGACGCGCUCCCAACAUUUCCUGAUUCAGAGGCAUUUGCAUGCAUUGAGAGGGAGUUGGGCUUGCCUCUUGAGUCGAUCUUCUCAUCGAUAUCGCCUUCACCAAUUGCCGCCGCCAGUUUGGGCCAAGUGUACAAAGCCCAGCUGAAGUACUCUGGACAGUUUGUUGCUGUUAAGGUUCAGCGGCCCGGUAUUGAAGAGGCUAUAGGCCUUGAUUUUUAUUUACUGAGGGGUCUAGGCUUCCUAAUAAAUAAAUACAUCGACUUCGUCACCAGCAAUGUCGUUGCUCUAAUUGAUGAGUUCGCGAGAAGGGUUUACCAGGAGCUUAAUUACGUCCAGGAAGGCCAGAAUGCACGCAGGUUCAAGAAGCUGUAUGCAGACAAGCAAGACGUAGUAGUCCCAGAUAUCUUUUGGGACUACACCAGUGCUAAGGUGCUAACAAUGGAUUGGGUUGAUGGUGUCAAACUGAAUCAGCAUCAAGCAAUUGAGAAGCAAGGGUUGAAGCUGUUGGAUUUGGUAAAUAUUGGAAUCCAAUGUAGCUUGAGGCAACUUCUAGAGUAUGGUUACUUCCAUGCAGACCCACACCCUGGUAAUCUACUAGCCACCCCUGAGGGGAAGCUUGCUUUUCUUGAUUUUGGCAUGAUGAGCGAGACCCCAGAAGACGCGAGACUUGCUAUUAUCGGCCACGUGGUUCACAUGGUUAAUCGUGACUAUGAAGCAAUGGCUCGCGAUUAUUAUGCCUUGGAUUUCUUGGCGCCUGAUGUAGAUGUUUCUCCGAUUGUACCCGCUCUCAAGAACUUUUUCGAUGAUGCGCUGAGUUCAACCGUAAGCGAGCUGAACUUUAAAACCAUAGUCGACGGGUUGGGUGCUGUUCUUUAUGAAUAUCCAUUUACUGUUCCGGCCUACUAUGCAUUGAUAUUGAGAUCACUCACGGUGCUCGAAGGUCUAGCUCUUUAUGCCGAUCCCAAUUUUAAGGUGCUUGCUGCCUCAUAUCCGUAUUUUGCUAAAAGGCUUCUCACUGAUCCAAAUCCAUAUCUCAGAGAUGCUCUAGUUGAGUUAUUAUUCAAAGAUGGCAGAUUUAGGUGGAACAGGCUUGAAAAUCUUCUUGUUCAAGGACGCAAAGAUAGGGACUUUACGACCAAAGAAGCUUUGCAACCUGUUCUCAAGCUACUACUGGGCCCCGGUGGCGAAGAGCUACGAGCACUAGUCGUGAAAGAAGCUAUUCGUGUCACCGAAGCUGUGGUAUUUGGAGCAUUGCUUGAUGCAUAUAGUGCAACUCCUGCCUUUUUGAAGCCCUUAAUUUCAAAUGGCAGCGACGCUGGGCCAUUUAAAUUGCGUGAUGGUGAGCAAGAACAAAUGCUUGCGCUUCGUGAUCAAGUUUUCAGAAUAUGGGGUCUCUUGAGAGCUUCGGAUAGUUUCGAUCCAAGCCUUCUACAACCAAUUUUACAGGUUCUUCAAGAACCCGAGGCCCGCAGCUUAGGCGAGCGUGUUGCCGGAGGGAUUACUCAACGCUUAGCGGCUCGUUUGCUGCAGCAAGUUCUCAAGUCCCCAGCCCCGCCUCAAUAAGAUAAGCUAUUGUUGGGCUAGCCCAGGAUUUCAACCGGCCCGGCCUACCCAAGAAAGAUCUUGUAAAUCUCAGGUUGCCCGACCCGACAACGGCCGAGCUGGGCAAAUGCAAGCCACUUAAGGGGGUGCUAUUGGGCGGAUCGAGUCCAAUGCCCCUUUCAGUUGUCGAAUCGGGUUCCGAUCUAAGAACCCUAUUCUUAAUCCCUUGGUCCGAUUGAGUCGUGUACGAUUUCAAUUUGGGUUAUCAUUCAAGAGAUUUUGCAGCCCAAAAAACUGUGGACUCUUGUAUAUGAAUUUCAUUACCAUGAGAAGGUGAGGGGUUUAGUGCUUUAGGUUGUAUUGAACUCUAGAUUCAAUUCUGAAUCUUUAAUACAAGGUUUUAAGUAUCUGUCGGUACGGAUCAU